UGAGCACUUUUUAGGCUCCCAGCUGUUAAUGAAUAAAAUUUCAGAGUCAUAUUUACCAGGUCAGAAGCUGACUCUAAUGUCCAUUGGGACUGUCAACAUACAAGUGGUAUUACAGACACUGCAGUAAAUCACUUGUGAUGGCAACAGUUUAUUUUGGUUCAGGGCGGGAUGUAAAGUGAUAUGGCACAUCUGCGGAUGAUCAGUUUCCUGAAGGGAAAUGAAUGACAGUACGAUAAAAGUCCCCCAGAUGCAAGCCCUGCCCUGAAUAAAAUGCAGGAAAGGACUACGCCACCCCGUCAAAGAGCAGGCAGACAGCAAGGCACAGAGAGUGAGAGAGAGAAAGACACCCAUUUACAGCUUUACUGCCUUAUUCAGUCCGUCAGACUUGCUCUCACUGCCACCUCUAUCUUAUACUCUCCCUCUCUUUUGCUCUAUAGUCUUUUUGAAUCUUUCUCUUCUCACAGACACACACACACACUCAUUGAAAUACACUCAUUCAACUCAGCUCAUUCACAGGCACGGGUCAGGCAGCCUCACAUUUCACCUUGCUCUGUCCCUGGCUGAGAGGAGAGAGCCCUGAAAGGUGCAGCCAUCACACAGGACAUAGGAUCCCGCAACUCUGUCAGGUUGGACUGAGAGACCUGGAUGCUCCUGGAUAAUCUGACAAGAUCGAGACUUUAGAGAUUUCAAGAUCGAGAGAUUUCUUUAGGAUGGAGUUGCAAAGUUCUCAUUCAUCAUUCUGAAGAGCAAAACCAACAGACAGCUGGUUACAAGACCAAAGAGAAACACUUGAGUUUGAAAUUAGUCACAUUCUUUUUGAAGGAUUUUUUUUAUCCUCUCUUCCCAUGUUCCUGUUUACGGGUUCUGCGUGAGGCAGAGUGCCCAGCGAAGACCCACAUCAUGCUGACUACUUGUGCAAGGUGCACCUUGGGAGUCUGACCCAUCAUGCACAAAUGGACACCUACUACCGCUGGUCUCCACUCCGACCUCACCUUCACCGGCUCAGCCCUCCCUUCUUUUCCUUUUCCCUUGGUAUGCCUGUCCCUGCUCUUUCUGGCUUGCUCUGCUCUUGGAGGUUGCCCGCCUGCACUGGGCCAUGACCCCCUUCAUGUGCUGGCACAGGGCACAAACUGCUCGUGGACUCUGGAGCGGCACACGCGCAGCUACAACCACCUCGAGGGUGACGUCCGUCUUCGGCACCUCUAUUCCGCCAACAAGUUCUUUCUCUGCAUCGACAAGACGGGCAAGGUGGAUGGCACCCGUCGGAAGAAUUACCCUGACAGUCUGAUGGAAAUCCGAUCUGUCAGUGUGGGAGUUGUCGCCAUCAAAUCUGUCAGCACUGGCCUGUAUCUAGCUAUGUCCAAAAAGGGAACGCUCUUCGGAUCGGUCAGAUACAGCCCCAGCUGCAAGUUCAAAGAGCGCAUCGAAGAGAACGGCUAUAACACCUACGCCUCGCUGCGCUGGAAGCACAGGGGCAGGCAGAUGUUUGUGUCGCUGAAUGGCCGAGGGAAACCCCGCAGAGGUCACAAAGCUAGACGGAGACACCCAUCUACUCAUUUCCUCCCUAUGCUGGCCACAUAGCUGGACUCUUCCUCAUGAGCAAUGCUAUGCCAUCUGCAUAUGCCAUCUGCAUCGAUGGGGACUUAUUAAAUGCUAUUAAGUUCUGGUUUGUCUGUUUUUUCCUGAGUACUGUCGCACAGUACAUUAACUUAUUACUCUGUCUUCUGGCUCAGCUUAAGGCCCAGUACAGUUUACAGUUUAAAGCAAGGCUGUUAAUAUGAUGUAUACACAGGUUACAUAUUAAUGUUAUUGUUGAGUUAACUAGGCAUUUACUGCAUCUAUCUGUUCUCCUAUUGUGGCAUAUUUCUGAGUGACAUCAUCAACCCAGUCUCAUUGUAAAAAAAAUAAAUAAAUAAAAGUACCUGAAGAAAUAACUUUUAUUCAGCAAGGACACAUUCAAUUGAUCAAAAGUGACAGUAAAGACAUUUAAAAGGUUAGAAAAGAUAU